UCCGGCACAAAGACAACCCUUGGUUUUAGAAGCAAAAGUGAAAGCAGCACCUCAGAUUGCUCUCCCAGCUGGGUGGAGAAGACCUUUUCUACUUCUCUGGGAGAAGCCCAGCUACCUCACCACUGCUCAAAGAUGGGAUCCAGCUCAAGCAAAUCUGCCAGUUCAGUAAACAUGAGAGAAAGAAAACUGGCAAAAGAUGAAGAAGAUCCCUAUGAUUCAGGAGAGGAGAGACAGCCCCUACAAGAGCCCAAGCUGAGGCUAAUCCUGGUGGGGAAAACAGGAACUGGGAGAAGUGCAACAGGGAAUAGCAUCCUUGGGAAGAAUGAGUUUGUGUCCAAGCUUUCAGGAACGUCAGUGACAAAGAUCUGCAGCAAAGGGAGCCGGAGCUGGGGGCCCCAUGCAGUGGUUCUGGUGACCCAGCUAGGUCGCCACACUAAGGAGGACCAGGAAGCCAUGAAGAAGAUGAAGGAGAUCUUUGGGAAUAAUGUUGUGAAGCACACAGUCAUCCUUUUUACUCGCAAGGAAGAUCUUGGAGGGGGGUCCAUAAAGGAUUACAUCAAGUUUGCAGAUAACAAGGCCCUGAAAGAUCUGGUUACACAGUGUGGGGGCCAGGUGUGUGCUUUCAACAACCGGGCCACAGGGAGGGAGCAGGAAGAGCAAGUGAAGGAGCUGAUGGAUAUAGUGGAGAGCCUGGUACGAAAGAAUAGGGGCAAGCACUACACCAAUGAGGUGUACAGCCUAGUGGAAGAGCUCCAAUGGGCCAGCAAAGAGGAGAAGUUCAAAAAAUUUGGGGAGAAACUGGCUGAGUUUAAGGAAAAGAAUAAGAAGCCCCUGGGAUUAGGGGUAAGGGGCUUCCUGCAGCUCAGAGGUUUGUGUGAAUCAAGAAAAUCUCACCCCAAACUAUGGAGAUUGAGCAUUGCUGUCUUUGGCGUCUGCUUCCUGUGGCUAGUGACCCCUAGCAGGCUUUAUAAUGCCUGGUUGGGCAUCAGGAGACUUUUUGGUGGCUGGUUGGGUACCACUAGUCAUGAAUAGCUGCUGGUUUCUACCAUCUUUAUUAGUGAUCAGAGGAAAUUUUUCAAGAACAAUGCCUUCUGAAUUUGAUCACUUCAUGGCUAUCUAUCACCCUUUUGUAAACCUAUCUACAGCAUAGCCUGAAAAGUCUAGCUUAUAUCUCUUCUCCUUCAAGAAACCUUCCCAGCCAAUGCCAGCUCUCAUGGUGAAGGAAACUUAGUGCGUUUAACAUCACAGUGGAUUCAUAGUUAGAUGACCUAUGUUCAAAAUCUAGUUCUGUCCCUUAGGGUCUAUCUAAAUUUGGAUACAACCAUUUAAUUUCUAUUGUUCUCAGUUUCCUCAUCUAUCUAAUGGGGGUGGGUGGGCUAGAGGAUUUUUAAGGUCCCUUCUAGCUCUAAAUCUAUGAAAUCUCUUCCCUGACUUCCUUUCAUACAUGGAUCUAGCUUCUGGAGCUUUGUUUCAUACCUCUUGCUUCCAUAGCUAUUUGAGGUUCAAAAUCCUCCAUCAGUCUUUGCAAGGUUAGGAGUGAUGCCUUUGCCCACAGCUACAAUUGCUCUCAUUCAUACAGUAUGUCGAGGUUUCCUCCAAGUCUGUGAGGCAGUGAGUGGAAAAACCUGCUCCCAAUAACACAGAUGCAAAUGCUGGAGCUAGAUCUUCCAACUUCACAUGUGGAGUGUUCUUUCUACUUCCCUAAGCUGCUUCUCUAUUUUCUUUUCUUUUUUCUUUUUCAAGGCAAUUGGGGUUAAGUGACU